CGCGGAAUGAAAAUGACGAGCGCGAGCGGAACAGAGUCCGCGUCGCCGACGGCGGUGCCGAAACGGGAGCAGAAGGCCAGACUACGUGCGUACCGCGCUCUGAAGAAGGAAAUGAAGGAGGGAUUGCGGGAGACGCACGCUCAGCUGCAAGCAGAGCUCCAGCAACUUCGAAAACAAAAGCAGCAGGACGGCGGGAAGCUGCCAUGGAAAGACGUCGCGCAAGCUCUGUGUGAGGACAAGGUAGAAGUGCUCGCCCAACAUCGUGAACUGGUCAAGCAAGUGCGACGCCACGAAUCGCUCGUGCAAGCGUUCCAUCGAUGGGUUCUCUCACGGUUCCUUCCGUCUCAGAUUCGAACACUGCCGGACAAUCCGAUGGAACCAUCCUCUUGGCGCCACACUUCAUUGACUCGUCACCCUGAAUCACGGCAUCAUGGCAUGCUCUGGAUGGUGGAUCAUGUGCAACACAACCACGAACGGCUCUUCCAUCUCUACGGAUUCUCGCGCGGAUCGACAAACAAGGAGCCAUUGAACGAGUGCAUGUUCACUUACAAAGAAGGGUUUCAAUCCAUGGUGCGCCAAGCCGAAUUCGUCGUGCAUGCGUCCAUCAGCGACAUCGAUGACCGCAUGGGCAACGACUUCAUGAAGUUCUGGUACGAGAACACCUCCGAUCACCUGCAAAUCGCCACAACGCGGGUGGACGAAGCUGCUCCAGGCGUGUUUUUGAACGAAACUGUGCAAGGGUAUGCGAUAUCGGCAAAAAUUCAGUUGGAUGCGAAUCGUCUCCUGUGCUUUAUCCAAGCAGUCACGGACGAAGAUGAAGGGGAGUGGCCGGUCCAUCGCGUGUCGCAGCCACACAACCGCAUCGUGCUGGUCCUGUUCCACCAAGUCGGGCCGACCACGACGAUCAUUCAGUCGCUGUACCUGUUUCAGAGUAGUAUUCCCGAGCCAGUGGACGUUUUGCUCGACAAGGUCGGGCUCACGCCGCGAGUUGAGACCCUCCUGACCACGCGCCCCCACCAUGUGAAAGAGUACUGUGUGGAAGACCUCAAAUGCAGACUGUACAACCAACACAUGCGGUCAGAUCAAGCGACCAGUAUGCUCGUGUACCGAGAUCGAUGGCGAAGUGUAUUCCGCGGUGUCCACUUCUUGACCUGAAAUACAAGUUGGUCCAGUUGUUGC